AUGUUCAGCAACCCCCGACCCGUGCCCUCCAAGGCUGCUCUCAGACUUCUCUAUCAACUCGCAUACAUCUCUUCUGGAACUGCAGUCGGCGUUGCGACACUGUGCGCGGAGGAACGCAGGAGACGGACGGUGCUGGUGCAGAAAAUCGCAGACAAUGCCAAGCGGAUCAGGGAGAGCCCGCGCUAUGUGCAUAACAAGGCGAGAAAGGCGGUUGAUGAGGCGGAAGGGAGAUAUACGCCCCUCGAGGCGGAUGCUACUGGAAGGGCCCAUCUGACGGGAUUGGAUCCUGGGGACCGAGCUGUGCGUGGGCCGGAGCUGGCAUCUGUCGUGGACGCUGGUUACGAUCAAUUGGUGCAGCGACCUCAUGGCAGAAAGAGGCGG